GUGCAAAGUUGGUGACGAGGGGGACGAGGAGUGGGAGGGGUUGAGGGGUUAAAAAUAGGAGGAUAGGAUGAUGCGACGCACCGUAGUUCGUCGAUUCUUCGAGUCGACGAUGACUUCCAUCGUCGUUGACAUCAGACGACACACAUUUCUUGCUUUACGGAGUUCGGCGCACACACAUCGGAGAGGGAAAAGUCUCACUCGUGGAUCUCAUGGAUGAUGAAGUCACCCCCCACCACAUCGCAUCACGGCCGCCUCUUCUAGGAUUUUUUCUCGAUUUGCAUGACACGCGGCGAUAUGACGGGGCGGCUCUGGAUCAUCGAUUGUCUGCGUUCACGAACGAACGACCGCAUCUCGGGAGUGAUCUAGCUACAGUUGGGUCACGUGCACGACAUGACGGGCUCGACGCUGCUUCUUCGGUGGCCACGCAAUUGUCGAUGGUGCGGCUGGCGUUGGAAAACGGAUCGAGGAGAUGGGUUCCGGAGGGAUUCGAUAUGGCGGUUUAUUCACAUACUGCAUGCAUGCGAGCGGAGGGCAUCGGUGGAGUCGUUUGAUUUGUAGAUACUGAGACGGUGGUUCGAUAGUAACUAGCCAGGCUCGGAAGCAGUGCGGACUGCGUAUUCUCAUGGUGUUGAUAUUCCAUGUUCACGGUGACUGCGAUGAGUUGAACACGAUCAGACGGCCGUCAGGUGUAGAGCGGAAGGCAAGGCAUAAUACUACAGUCGUUGUUCGAGUUCUAUAUUGUCAUAUUGAGCCAACGUAAUACCAGAGGCUGAAUAUCCAAGUUCCAUGGCAUAAACGCGCUAGAUAUCACAAAUUUCUAC